GUGACGUUUUUCCUCGUGACACCAUCUGUCGGGGUCUUUAUGGCAUGAACGCUGUCUGUGUUUUUACAUUCCUGUCGUCAAUCUGACAUCCCAAGUCUCCCGGAAGUUCCGGGAGUCUCCCGCUUAUUGAUAGCGGCUCCCUGAUGCCCGCAAAUUAGUUAAAAUCUCCCGGAAUCAAGAGCGAGCGAGCAAGAGCGGUUAGACUGUGCUCCAAACCGUGUAGCGCGCACGGCAGAGAGGGAGAGAGCGAGAGACCUUGCGUGUGUGUGUGCAUCAAGAAGUGAAGACAGAGAGCAUCCUGAUUGGCCUGUUUCGAGAUACAUGAACCGUGAUCUGUGAACAGUAAAGGAUUUGUGUAUCAUCAGUAAAAGUGUUGACCAUCAGUAAACCAGAGAGCUACAAUGCUGCCUGUAGUGGUGGUGCAUGGAGGUGCUGGAACUGUUCCCAGGGAGAGAACUGAACAAUCCUGUGCCGGUGUGAAGGAGGCAGCAAGGGCUGGAUAUGACAUCCUUCAGAAGGGUGGUAGUGCCAUAGAUGCUGUGACAGAAGCAGUGACCCUGAUGGAGAACAACCCAACAUAUAAUGCAGGUCGAGGAUCAGUGCUAAAUGUUAAAGGGGAAGUGGAGAUGGAUGCACUUGUAAUGGACGGGAAGACGCUUGCUAGUGGUGCUGUGUCAGCAGUCAGGAAAGUGGCUAACCCAAUACAACUGGCCAGGCUUGUCAUGGAGAAGACAAAACACUUGUGUCUGACAGCUGAAGGGGCCUCUAAAUUUGCCAGAGACAUGGGUGUACCUGAGGUGACUGAGGAGUCAUUGAUCACAGACUAUGCCAAGAUGCGCUGGAAGAAGAACCUGGAGCCAGAAGCCAACCCUGUGGAAAGCCAAAUGGGCAAGAUGGGAACAGUAGGUGCAGUGGCUGUAGACAAAGAGGGAAAUAUUGCUUGUGCCACAUCCACUGGUGGCAUGAUAAAUAAAAUGGAGGGUCGGGUGGGAGACACACCGUGUGUUGGAUGUGGGGGCUAUGCAGAUAACAAGAUUGGGGCUGUCUCAUCCACAGGCCAUGGGGAAGCCAUCAUGAAGGUCAUACUGUGUAGACUCAUUCUCUUCCACAUGGAGCAAGGGAAGAGCCCACAGGAAGCAAGUGACCUGGCCCUUGCGUAUAUGAAGGAGCGGGUGGAGGGACUGGGCGGAGUGGUGGUGGUAGAUCCAAAAGGGACCUGGGCAGCUCGCUUCAGCAGCCUACAGAUGGCAUGGGCAGCUGUCCAGCAGGAUCAACUCCACUAUGGGCUGUACCAUGGGGAGGACUUCAUUGAGUCUGUACAGGAGCAAACACAAUGAACACAUGCAUACACCCUCAAACAAACACUCAUAUGGUUGAUUAUUUUUCUCAAUCAAUAUUGAUUACUUAAGAAAAUUUGCAAAAUGUGCAUUUGCAAAAAAAUGUCAGGGCAAUACUAAUGUGAUUUUUUGCCAAUUGUACUGAAUUAAGUACAGUGCAUUUUAACAAGCAUUUUGAAGUUGGUCUCAAUUUAAACCAACAGUAAAGCAAUCUGAGUCUUACACAGAUGAGAUAAAGAACUACUGUAUUAUAACACUCCUUAAUGGGAGUUCACCCAAAAAUGAAAAUGUUAUCAUUUACUCACCAUCAUGCCAUCCCAUAUGUUUAUGACUUUCUUUCUUCUGCUGAAAACAAACAAAUAUUUGUAUAAGAAUAUUUAAGCUUUGUAGGUCCUCAAAAUGCAAGUGAAUGGGUACCAACAUUUUGAAGCUCCAAAAUGCACAUGAAAGCAGCAUAAUAGUAAUCUGAAAGACUCCAGUGAUUAAAUAUUUAUCUUCAGAAGGGGUAUGAUAGGUUUGGGUGAGAAACAGUUAAAUUUUUAAGUCCUUUUUACUAUCAAUCUCCACUUUCACAAUCUUCUUUUGUUUUUGGCGAUUUGCAUUCCUUGUGCAUGUCACCACCUACUUGACAGGGAGGAGAAUUUAUGGUAAAAAAGCAUUUAAAUAUUGAUCUGAUUCUCACCCACAUCUAUCAUAUCGAUUUUGAAGAUAUAGAUUAUACCACUGGAGUCUUAUGGAUUACAUUUGUGCUGCCUUUAUAUGCUUUUUGGAGCUUCAAAAUUAGGCACUUGCAUCGUAUGGACCUACAGAGCUUAAAUAUUCUUCUAAAGAUCUGUGUUUGUGUUCAGCAGAAGAAAGAAAGUAAUACAUAUCUGGGAUGGCAUGGGGAAAAUCAGUUCAUUUUUGGGUGAACUGUCCCUUUAAUGAAGACAGUGCAGCCCUUUGUAGUAGUACUCCAUGUCCUCCACUAGAUGGAGAUAAAUGAUCAAAUUAUCUGAAUUUGUUGUAAACCACAAUAUUGUACAGUAUAUACUAAUAAUCAAAAAAUAAGAAAGUUACUUAAUAUAUACAUUUACUUGAAAUUUACUAAAAAUAAUGUGAAAAUAAUACUGUUUUAGUAACAAUGAAAAUGGUUUGCAUGUAAAUGUUAUCUAAGAAAGUCUUAUUGUCAGAAUUGCUUGCCAGUUUGAAGAACAGAAAUUAAAAUUCAUACCAGAAGUAGAUCGUUUCCUUCUAUAGCCUGAAAGAGAAAGCAGCAUGUUUUUUUUCUUAGAAAAUCACUGCAAAAUGUUCAUUGUUUGUUCAUCAGUUAAUUAAAAUUGUAACAUAUAUUCUGUGGUGUGUGCCAGAAGAAACCUUGUAACAGAUGUUUUGAAUAAGUGUUAGUGUCAUCGCACCAUUUAAAGUGAUUAUGAUGUCUGAAAUGAAUCAUCACUAGUAUAAAACCACAAAAAAAAUUAUGUUGGCAGGUGAAAACGUGCAGAAAAUAAAACAUUGUUUCUAU